CCUGGACCUGGAGCUGUCCUCGCCCUUUCGGGCCGCCGCCUCGCCCCGGCGCUGCGCAGCACUUCUUUUGGCGCUCCGGGUCCUGAGGUGUCGGCUUCCAGGCACAGUUUUCUCAAAGGACAAAGAACAUGGACGAAUCUGCAAGCCAGUUGCAGCCACUGAAUGAGAAUCAGGUAGCCAACUCUGAGGGCGGAUAUGUAUGGCAGGUCACCGACAUGAAUCGGCUGCACCGCUUCUUGUGUUUCGGUUCUGAAGGUGGCACCUACUAUAUCAAAGAACAGAAGCUGGGCCUUGAAAAUGCUGAAGCCUUAAUUAGAUUGAUUGAAGAUGGCAGAGGAUGCGAAGUGAUACAGGAAAUCAAGUCAUUUAGUCAGGAAGGCAGGACUGCAAAACAAGAGCCUUUGCUGUUUGCACUUGCCAUUUGUUCCCAGUGUUCGGACAUAAACACCAAACAAGCCGCAUUUAAAGCUGUUCCUGAAGUAUGUCGCAUCCCAACGCAUCUCUUCACUUUUAUCCAGUUCAAGAAAGAUCUGAAGGAAAGCAUGAAGUGUGGUAUGUGGGGUCGUGCGCUCCGGAAGGCCGUUGCAGACUGGUAUAAUGAAAAAGGUGGCAUGGCCAUAGCCCUGGCAGUCACAAAGUAUAAACAGAGAAAUGGCUGGUCUCACAAAGAUCUCUUAAGACUGUCACAUCUUAAACCAUCCAGUGAAGGACUUGCUAUCGUGACCAAAUAUAUCACAAAGGGCUGGAAAGAAGUUCAUGAACAAUAUAAAGAAAAAGCACUCUCUGUGGAGACUGAAAAGCUAUUAAAGUAUCUAGAGGCCGUGGAGAAAGUAAAGCGAACAAAAGAUGAGCUGGAAGUCAUUCAUUUAAUUGAAGAGCAUCAGUUAGUUAGGGAGCAUCUGCUGACCAAUCACCUGAAGUCUAAAGAGGUAUGGAAGGCUUUGUUACAAGAAAUGCCCCUUACUGCACUACUGAGGAAUCUGGGGAAGAUGACUGCUAACUCAGUGCUUGAGCCAGGAAAUUCUGAAGUAUCUUUAGUAUGUGAAAAGCUAUGCAAUGAAAAGCUGCUCAAAAAGGCUCGCAUACAUCCAUUUCAUGUUUUAACUGCAUUAGAAACCUACCGAGCGGGCCAUGGGCUCAGAGGAAAACUGAAAUGGAAUCCAGAUAAAGAAAUUUUACAAGCAUUGGAUGCUGCUUUUUAUAAAACAUUUAAGACGGUUGAGCCAACUGGGAAGCGUUUUUUGCUGGCUGUUGAUGUCAGUGCCUCUAUGAACCAGAGAGUUUUGGGUAGUGUACUCAAUGCUAGUACGGUUGCUGCUGCAAUGUGCAUGGUGGUCACACGAACAGAAAAAGAUUCUUCAGUAGUUGCUUUUGCAUGUGAUAUGGUACCAUUUCCUGUGACUACAGACAUGACCUUACAGCAGGUUCUAACGGCUAUGAAUAAAGUCCCAGCAGGCAGCACCGAUUGCUCUCUUCCAAUGAUCUGGGCCCAGAAGACAGGCACAGCUGCUGAUGUCUUCAUUGUAUUCACUGAUAAUGAGACCUUUGCUGGGCAGGUGCAUCCUGCUGUUGCCCUGAGGGAGUACCGAAAGAAAAUGGAAAUUCCUGCUAAGCUGAUUGUCUGUGGGAUGACAUCAAACGGCUUUGCCAUUGCAGACCCAGACGAUAGAGGCAUGUUGGAUGUGUGCGGUUUCGAUACCGCAGCUCUGGAUGUGAUUCGAAAUUUCACGCUGGACGUCAUUUAACCCUGAGUACCAGAUGACCUGAGAAAUCCACCGCUGCUGAAUCUCACCAAAAACUCAGAGCUGCUUCCCAGCUAAAAGCAGUAGUGAGAAAUGUCAGCAGUGUGUGCAUGAUGGAAAUGUACUUCGCCAAGAACAGGAAAAGAGGGAAGGAAGGAAAAACAUGUUGAGUCCAAAGGUGCGGGGACUCAGCCAGCUCUUGAGAAGUCUUCGGGACACUGUCGCUUUCUCUGUAGAGACCUUCUUCUUAAUAGACUGUAAAGUAGUCAUGUUUUACUCUGCUGAAUCACACGUUUGUACUUAAAGGUGAGAUACAAAAGUGUAAGUAGACUCACAUCAUGUCGCUUGUUUGAGAAGUACUUGUUUUCUUAAACGUUUUCAUUGGAAAAGGACAGUUUUGAUAAUGUCCAAAUACUCUGAAGUGCACUAGACCAUGUGACUGUGAUGGAAAUAAACCUCAUGACGUAAAUUUUUAUACCAAGAGGUUUAAAAAAAAAAAAAAAAGACAUUUGGUUAAACUAAAUUAUGAAUAAAUUUUACAAAUUCAGAGUUUUCUAAGAUCAUAUGAACAACACCUUUCUUAUUCAAUGAAAUAGUUGCUUUAUUUCAGGUGUUUUAUUUGUACUUGUUAGAAUUUGUUACUUUUUGGUCAAAACAUGAUUGAAAUUCCUAAGGGACUUGUGAGUUUCUGUAAGCUAAGGAAUUUGCGUUGUAACCUUGUAUUUACUGCCAUAAGUAGAGACUUACUGAAUGAUUCCCUUGAGCAACAAUAGUGUCUCAUGUACUUACGCUUUCCUGAGUGUUUCACAUAUUUAAGUUCCCAUCCAUAAUCCUAUAGUGUAACAAUUAAACUCAACUGUAAAGACAAAGCUUUUCCACACCCCUAUAAUACCUUUAACUAUUUUUUAUAUUUUUCUAAUAUGUUUGUCUUAGUUCUUUCUAUUUUUGCCCACCAUUCAUUUUAUGUCUAAUUUCUUUUUUUGAUAGAGUAUAAAAAUAAUAAAGCAAGCAAGAUCCUUCAAGUUCAAAGGCAACUUUAGAGUAGACAUAUCAACCAAUCAGUCUAUGUAGGAAAAUUUCAAAUAUGUUUUGUAAAAAUUAAACUUCUUUCCACCAUACUAACAUACAUUCUUUUCUUGAGCAAUUCCAUGUUUUCACUGUGAAGCUUAGCAUGAAAGUGGCCUAUUGAAACACCAGUAGCUUGAUUUUUCUCCUGGUUGUGUAAUAGUAUUUAAGGUAGGAUAUACUAAAACGUUAAUUUUUAUGCAUCAUUCUUUAAAUAUUAAAGGUUUAUUGAGGACUUACAAAGCCCUUCUAAGACUAUUAAGUGUAGGUGACAUAACCUUACAAGUGUAUAGGGGUUGAAAUGUUGUAUUUGAGAAGAAAGGGACUGUGUGCUAAUGUGAGGAUUUGUGUACAUAUUUUCUUCUAUUUCCUAAGAAAUGUAGGCUCUAAGAAUAAGAAAAUGUUCCCUUCAGAUUUGACAUAUUAGUGAGGUUUGAUAUGUAGCCAUUUUUUUAAGACACUAACAAUUUUUCAGUGUUAUUAACAAACAUAGUACCCUCUUCUACUCUAAACACCAUUGUUUCUGAUGCUGUUCUGGUUUUAGCCACUGUCACAUGUAGAAUUUCACAUCUUAACUAAUUCUGAUACAUUAAAGUUUCAUAUUCAAUUGAAUUUAAGGUUAAAAACCCUAAUAAUUACAUGAGAGCUAUUGAAUUCUUUAAACCUAGGAUCUAAGUUUAAAAUGAUCUAGAUUAUUUUGAAAUUUACAUGGAAUAUUAUAUAAAAGCCUGUUUCUUUUACUUCUCUGUUACUUACCUACUGCUUUUAGACAAGCAGAGUAUGCCCAGGAGCUAAUACUUAAUCCGUCAGAGAAAUGAGAUUAGAGGUGACCCUUCUGCAGUAUUUAAGUAGGCCUGAUUAAACAGAUUAGGAUUGAAGACAGAAAUCGAAUGUGGUGGCACAAGCCUUUAGUCCUAGUACUGGAAAGGCAGACACAAGUAGAUCUCUAAAUUAGAAACCAGCCUGGUCUACAGAGGGAUUUCCAAGCCAGUCAGGGCUACAUAAGUGACCUAAAAAAAAAAGUGUUAAGAAAGAAAGAAAAAAGGUAAACAAAAGCAGACUCCACAGAAAGUAAUUUUAUCUUCAAAUCACAAAACUUCAGAAUGGAAAGAAACCUUAGAAUUUUCUUUAUUUGGUUGAUAGAAAGCAACCAGUCUGGUUAUUUUUUUUUAUUUUAUUUUAUUUUAUUUUAUUUUAUUUUAUUUUAUUAUGUUUGAGACAGAGUCUCCCUACAUUAUCCUGACUCUCCUGGAGCUCACUAUGUAGACCAGGCUGGCCUUGAACUGUACUGCAGUUAAAGCUUGUGCCACUAUGCCCAGCAGAAAGCUCUGCCUCUCUCGUCACCAUUCUGGCUUUCCCUUUCUCAUAUAUGGGAGCCCAAUGAUUUAGUAAGAGGUACAAUAGAAUUGUAGAAGACUUUUACAUAAUUUAGACAUUAGGAAUUGAUGAUAUGCAUGAUUACUUUAGGAACUUGUGAACAUGUAUGAUUUUUUUUUUUAAAUUUGGAGUAAUUCUCAAACACAGUUACGUCUCUACAGCCUCUGUUGCUAUGUAAUAUAGCCCCAUAGAAAGGCUUUACCUCAUUAAGCACAGGGUACACUCAAGUGGUAAACAAGUUUUAUUUUCCAAAUUACCACUAGGGUUACUCUUCAGUAAAUGGUAUGGAAAAUAUUGCUUUAAAAUACAAUCUUGAGAAAAAUAAACUUUAUUUCCUAGAUACUCUGUAAAUAUUUCCAGGUUUUAGUUAUUUGUAAAACAAAACACUAAUCUUUUCAUCUUACUGGUUUUUGAUUAGUGGAGAGUUCACUUAUCAAAACUGUUACUUAGUAAUUGUUUACAGAGUAUGUUAGAGAGGAAUAUGCUAGUGAGUAGAAUGUACUGCACUCUUCCAAACCUCUUGUUUUCUUUCAUGUGCUGUGUCAUUACAGACGACCAGUUUAGCAUACCUGAUAAAGUUUUGCUCUCCUACAAAUUAACAUAUCUAAUUCUUAGAUCAUGGUAGCCUAACAUUUACUUAAAAUUGAAACUGGAAAGGAGGCCUUUCAAUACAGGUUCAAACUUUGGGUUUAAUUAUAAACACCAGAUGUCACUUUUCUCUGAUAAAAAGAAAAAAGAAAUAUAUUCCAAAAAAGAAUGAAAGCAAAGCUCAUAGUCUAAUCUCUUUGAAUAACAACAGGUCUGCAACUGACAAAAUACCAUUAGCAGGUCUUACUUUGCAAAAAAAUAAAAUUAUAUAUAUAUAUAUAUAUAUACACACACAUGUAUAUCAUAGUGUAAAUUUGAGACUAUAAUGAUUGGAAAACAUUCUGAGAAGCACAGUAAAAGAACAUCUAAGCAGGAAAUGAGGGCUAAACCAUUGUAAUUUCUUGUGACCUAAACAUAUUGUCACAGGGGGGACAAGAUGUCUUAGUGGGUAAAGGCACCUGCCACCUAGCCUGAAUAAUUGUGUUCAGUCACUGGACCCCACAUAGUAGAAGGAAAGAACCAGCUCUUGCAAGUUGUCCUCUAAUCUCCACAUACUUGCCAUUGCACAUGUGUGUGUGUGUGUGUGUGUGUGUGUGUGUGUGUGUGUGUGUGUAAAAGUAAAAAAAAAAUAAGACACUGCAAUGGAUUUGGUGGCUGUGCGGUGUGCUUACAGUAAAGGUAACUCAAAAUGAAAAAUCUACUCUUGGAUUACAUUGGUUUUGCUAAGGUACAAACUGUCCUCUUGGAGAAGUGUCAUACAGCCGUAAGGAAGGAUCAGAAAAGACGAUAGGUCCUUAUGUGAAAUGAGCCAGGGUUAACUCUGAAUGAAUUUGCUUUGUUUUUCUGAUACUUGCUCCCUAAUCUCUUUUAUUUCAUGAAAGAUUACUUAACCCCCGUUUUUCUUUUUUGCAAGUCUUCUUCAUGCUUUUGCUUUUUUCCAGUUUGAUCCAAUUGGAUAAUAAAUGCAUGACCCAAAAAAAAAAAUCAACCACAUUCAGGUUUGGGGAAAAUCUCUUGCAGAUUGUUUUUCAUUGUAUGUAAAUUUAAAAGAAAACAUUUUUCAGGGUUGGAGAGAUGGCCCAGUGGUUAAGAGCACUGGCUGAUCUUUCAGAGGACCCAGAUUCAGUUAUAGCACCUACAUGGCAGCUCACAACUGACUGUAACUCCAGUUGUGGGCAUCCUAUACCAUCACACAGACAUAUAUGAUAUAUGUGAAGGCAAAACCAAUGCAUAUAAAAUAUUUUAAAAAUCAUAUAAAAAAGAACAUUUUUAAAAAUAAUUAAAGUAAUACCUGGGUUGAUACAUUCUCUCCCUAAGUCAUAUUCUAGAUAUUCCAGAAAUUUUAUGGCCAUUCAGUAAGAUCAGUUAUUCAGAAUUUGUUUGUAAUUAAUUGAUAAAUAUUGAAAAGUAUAUACUAUAUAGGCAGUCUAAUAAUUGACAGUGAUCAUACAUCCUUUGAGUUCCACAGUUACACUCCUAGUUUACAAAGUCCUUCAGCCGAGUGUCCACGCACACAUACAUCUACACUGAGCUUAUGAUAUAGGAGGCCUAUAAUGACAGUAUUCACAUUCGGUAUCUUAUUAUUAACUUUGCAUUUUUGAAAAAAUUCACUAUGAACUUUAAGAUUAAUUCUAAAGUAUUUUUCACGUAGAAAACUAAAAAUGUAGCUAAGUAUGCUAUAGAUGGCAGUUUUCCUAAACCCUAAAAAUAACAAGAUCUAUUAGAAAAACGGAAAGGAAGAAUAGCACGAUUCUGUUCCUGAAAUUGUGAUUAUUCCCAGUAAGCAUUUGUAAAUAUAAUAAAGAUAUACAAAAGAUACCUCUGGUCCUACAGAGAUAUUUUUGCCUUUCUACUUUAUCCCUGCCUUUAAUCAUCUUAACUUUGUGAACAUAAUGAACUUUAAUUUUAAAAUGUUUGAACUUCUUUACCUAUAUGUUAGCAGAAUCUGGAUUUGAAAAAAAAAAAAAAACUAAAUUAUCUUCAAUUUCUGCUGGUUUCAUUUUAC